AUGGCACCCUCGAACCAGCCCAUUACACAGGCGCUCCUCGCGCGAGCCCAUUCCCCCGACAGCGUCAACCGCAUCUUCUCCGACAAAAUUCAAUACCGGCCGCUUUACCUCAGACCGAGUUCGCCACCACCGCCUUCGAAUGCCCGGAAUGCCCGUCGCAAGGCUCGCGAGGAGGUGAAAAAGAAGCAAAAGCUCAAGCCGAAGCCCCUCUCUGCACGCGAACGACACAGGCGCGGUCUCUACGAGGUACCCCGCGAGGGUCAGAAAUACGCCAUCUUCGAGCCCCUCCACCGUCUGUGGCUGGGAUACAUUGAGGAAAUCCUGGGCUCUGAGCUCUACCAUGGCGGCGCCGCCGCUGCUGCGAAGUUGAGCGCGGCUGAGUUUCACGGCGCCGCAGUUGAGGUAUCCAGAAGCUCCUGUCCGAGUAGAGUUGGAAUCAAGGGUAUCGUGGUCAAGGACGGCAAAUUUGCAUUCGAGAUCAUCACGCCUAAGAACGAGAUUAAGAUUGUGCCAAAGGAGGGGACAUGGUUCAGGUUUGAGGUACCAGUCAAGGAGCCCGUCGCGGAGGCACCAACAGGACCAGAUGCCCCUCAGCGGCGCUUCGUCUUCGAGGUCCUCGGCGACCAGUUCCUCAUGCGCGGUGCGGAUCGGGCCAACAAGAAGUUCAAGAACCACUACCUGAAGAACCUCUGA